UAAAUGAGUUUUGUUAGCAACAAAAGGCAAUACAGAAAUAAAACAAAAUGGAGGAGAGCAGAGUGAUAGUUGAGUUAGGUGAAAGUAGGAAAAAAUAUUGUUAUGUCAAUUCACUUUCAUCAAGAGAAAUGGAAUCUCUAUCAGCUAUUUGCGACACCUUCUUGCCUUCACUCACCACCGCCACCUCCGCCGAUACCUUUUUCCAGUCGUCUGCUUCCAUGGCCGGAACACCUCAACUCAUUGGAGGGCUAAUAAGUGAAAGAUUGAAGCACCCAAAGAAGUGGUUAAUAAGGUUGGGGCUAUGGAUGCUGUCAACAUGGAUUGGGACUUUCAUUCUCUGUGGGCUACUUAGCAUCUCAACCCAUUUUCCCUAUUUUCACACUUUCUCUCAACUCUCCCAACAUCAAAGGCAAAAUAUAUUGCUUUCUUGGUCCCUCAGCUUUUUUUAUCCUCUUAGAAUGCUUUUCAAGGCCCUCAAACUUCUCACUCUACUUGUCUUCUUCACUCAGGUAGAUGAGAACCUGACAUGGAAAGCUAUAGACUAUCCUGGACCUGACCCUCAAUUCAAAACAUUGGAUGAGCACAAACAAAAGCAAUCAGAAAUGUUGCUUGGACCUCUUCACAAAGGACUUGUUGACAUGACACUUCCAAGAGACAUCGUUGCUAACUCCCUCCAGCGAAUCGGAUUCUCUGCCUUUGCUAAUGACACGAAAAAGAAACAUAAACCGUAUUCUCUGGUAAUCCGAUGCGAUGCUGUUGUCGUGGGUUCUGGUUCAGGUGGCGGCGUCAUUGCUGGUGUUCUUGCAAAAGCUGGCUAUAAAGUUGUCGUUCUUGAAAAGGGAAAGUAUUUCGCUAGAAACAAUCUUUCGCUUCUGGAAGGGCCUGCAAUGGAUCAAAUGUACUUAUCUGGUGGUUUAAUGGCCACGGACGACAUGGGAGUUGUAUUACUCGCUGGCUCUACUGUCGGUGGAGGCUCGACCAUCAAUUGGUCAGCCUCUAUUAGGACACCGGAGCAUGUGAUUAGCGAAUGGAGUAAUGGCUGCGAUCUUGAGAUUUUCGACAGCAAGUUAUACAGAGAGGCAUUAGAUGUUGUGUGUGAAAAAUUGGGUGUUCAAUCUGAAAUUCAUGACGAGGGAUUCAAUAAUGCGGUUCUGCGAAAAGGGUGCGAAGAAUUAGGUUUUCCUGUCAAUACCAUACCAAGAAAUUCAUCACCGGAUCACUACUGUGGUUGGUGCUGUCUUGGCUGCAGAGAUGGAAAAAAGAAAAGUACCUGUGAGACAUGGCUAUUGGAGCUGGUCAAAUCCAAUAAUGGUGCAAUUCUUCCAGGGUGUGAGGCCAUUCAGGUUUUACAUAAGCAGAAAAGAGGUAGUAAUCGAAAAUCAGCCACCGGGGUUGUUUGUAGAUAUGAACGUAAAGGAAUACAAGAGUUGUGUUUGGUUGAAUCGAAGGUGACAGUCGUUGCCUGUGGCGCUCUCAGCACUCCGCCAUUGUUAAAAAGAAGUGGACUAAAGAAUCGUAACAUUGGAAAAAAUUUACACCUGCAUCCAGUAACAAUGGCGUGGGGUUAUUUCCCUGAAGAAAGUAAGAAAAGCUAUGAAGGAGGAAUAAUGACAGCAAUGUCGACUGUCGUAGCUAAUUAUGAAAAAUCCGGGUAUGGUGCGGUCAUACAGACUCCGUCGCUGCACCCUGGUAUGUUCUCCAGUUUAAUGCCUUGGGUUUCUGGAGUUGACAUCAAAAUGCAGAUGUGCAAGUUCUCAAAGACAGCCCAUAUAUUUGCAUUGGCAAGAGAUAAGGGAUCAGGAACGGUGAAUUCGACAAGCUCAAUCAGUUAUCAAAUGGAUGAAUCCGACGAGAAAAAUCUACAGAAUGGAAUAGAGAAGAUUUUAAGGAUUCUUGCAGCAGCGGGAGCAGAAGAAAUCGGAACACAUCACUGCACCGGAAGAAAGUUGAAUGUGAAAAAAGCAAGCUAUCGUGAAUUCGAGAAGUUUAUAAAAGAGGAGAGCUCGCGGCCUAUGAGAGACUUAUCGACGCAGAUAUGUUCCGCCCAUCAGAUGGGGAGCUGCAGGAUGGGGGUGAAUCCGAACGAGUCGGUAGUGAAUCAGAUGGGAGAAACAUGGGAAGUAGAAGGACUGUUUCUGGCAGAUACAAGUGUAUUUCCAACAGCUUUAGGUGUUAAUCCUAUGGUCACAGUUCAAGCUAUUGCUUUUUGCACUGCACAAUCUGUUCUUGAAAUUCUUAGGAGAAAAAAAUGUUAAUUUGUAAAUGAUUAUCAAAUCUCUUUACACA